AAUGCAAAUCUUGCUACCUAAUUUUCCAUCUUUAUAUAGCAAGCCUCUGCUUGUAUCCCACAAAGUCACAAGACAGUGAAGUGAGAGAUGGCUGUUUCUUAUAUCUCUUCAGCUCUUCUUCGUGGGUUUUGCACUUUAUUACUACUGCCAGUGCUUGGAGCAGCCAUAACUAGGCAUUACACUUUCAAUAUUAACUAUCACAAUGUGACAAGAUUAUGCCACACAAGGAGAAUCCUGAGUGUUAAUGGACAGUUCCCAGGCCCUCCAUUAAUAGCAAGGGAAGGUGACCAAGUUGUCGUUAAGGUUAAUAAUCAUGUCUCAAACAAUGUGACCAUUCACUGGCACGGCGUUCGGCAGCUAAGGAGUGGGUGGGCAGAUGGACCAGCUUAUAUAACACAAUGUCCUAUUCAAACUGGCCAGUCUUACACUUACAACUUCACACUCACUGGACAGAGAGGAACUCUCUUAUGGCAUGCACAUAUUUCUUGGCUAAGAGCAACAAUCUAUGGUCCCAUAAUUAUACUUCCGAGACGUAACGAAUCUUACCCGUUCCAGAAACCCUACAAGGAAGUCCCCAUCAUGUUUGGCGAGUGGUUUAAUGUAAAUCCAGAGGCUAUCAUUAACCAGGCUCUGCAAACUGGAGGAGGCCCAAAUGUUUCAGAUUCAUACUGUAUCAAUGGACUUCCAGGACCAUUGUACAACUGCUCUAAGAAAGACACAUUUAAGCUGAAGGUGAAGCCAGGGAAGACAUAUCUUCUCCGAUUCAUCAACGCUGCACUUAAUGACGAGCUCUUCUUCAGCAUUGCGAACCACACUCUCACUGUGGUCGAAGCUGAUGCUGUCUAUGUCAAACCCUUUGACACCGAUAUACUCCUCAUCGCCCCAGGCCAAACCACCAAUGUCCUCCUCAAAACCAAACCAGACUUCCCUAAUGCAACAUUUCUUAUGGCUGCCAGGCCUUAUUUCACUGGCAGUGGCACAUUCGACAACUCAACCACCGCUGGCAUCCUCAAAUACAAACACCCAUCAAAUAACAUCAAAAAGCUUCCAUUAUUCAAGCCAACACUCCCUGCUAUUAAUGCCACUGGCUUUGUUGCUAAUUUUACCAGGAAAUUCCGUAGCUUAGCUAAUUCUCAAUUCCCUGCUAAUGUGCCACAAACCGUGGACAGGAAGUUUUUCUUCACUGUCGGACUUGGGAGUAACCCAUGCCCAUCAAACACAACGUGUCAAGGACCAAAUGGCACCAAAUUUGCAGCUUCUGUCAACAAUGUAUCUUUUGCACUUCCAUCAGUGGCUCUUCUUCAAGCCCAUUUCUUUGGACAGGCUAAUGGCAUUUACACCAGUGAUUUCCCAGAGCAACCACUUACGCCCUUUAACUACACAGGGUCGCCACCAAAUAACACGAUGGUAACCAAUGGCACAAAAGCAUUGGUACUAUCAUUCAACACAAGUGUGGAACUGGUUUUGCAGGAUACAAGCAUUAAUGGGGCAGAGAGCCACCCACUUCACCUUCAUGGAUUUAACUUCUUCGUGGUUGGGCAAGGUUUUGGAAACUACGAUCCCACCAAGGAUCCUGCAAAUUUCAAUCUCAAGGACCCUGUUGAGAGGAACACGGCAGGAGUACCUGCUGGUGGUUGGCUUGCCAUUCGCUUCCUAGCAGACAAUCCAGGGGUGUGGUUUAUGCACUGUCACUUAGAUGUUCAUACAAGCUGGGGGCUCAGGAUGCCAUGGAUUGUUUUGGAUGGACCUCAACCGAAUCAGAAGCUACCGCCACCGCCUUCUGAUCUUCCAAAGUGUUGAUUUUUGACAACACAAAUUUUUUUUUUCCCGCUGUUUUGUAUAAUCUUGUAAUUACUUUUUAACUUAAUAACUUGACAUCCUUUUCACAUGUGCGGUGUGCCUAAAUUAAAAGGAGAGCGAGAGCUUCGGUGUAAGAAUCGGAUGUGUAAAGAAUUAUGUGUUCUUCAACAAGAUUUAUCCUAUACUUUAACAGAAGUUGCAGAAUA